AUGGCGCUCGAUACCUUCUUUCACAACAAGAUCGAGGCAAUGAAGCUCGAGAUCAUACAGGGCCAGGCAAAACUACGGCGUCUUGAAGCCCAGCGCAAUGACUACAACUCGCGCGUACGGUUACUACGGGAGGAGCUCGGCCUUCUCCAGCAGCCGGGGUCUUAUGUUGGUGAGGUGGUGAAGGUCAUGGGCACCAAGAAGGUCCUUGUCAAGGUGCAUCCCGAAGGCAAAUACGUCGUCGAUGUCGCAGACAGUGUCGACAUUAGCAAGCUCACGCCCGGCAAACGUGUCACCCUCCUCAGUGAUUCGUACAAGCUCGAGAAGCUGCUUCCAUCAUCCGUUGACCCGCUCGUCUCGCUCAUGAUGGUCGAGAAGGUGCCAGACAGCACAUACGACAUGAUUGGAGGUCUGGACCAGCAGAUCAAGGAAAUCAAAGAGGUCAUCGAGCUGGGUCUGCAACAUCCCGAAUUGUUCGAAUCGCUCGGAAUCGCGCAGCCCAAGGGUGUCUUGCUGUAUGGACCACCAGGAACAGGAAAGACGCUGCUUGCCCGUGCCGUCGCGCAUCACGCCGACUGCAAGUUCAUCCGAGUGUCUGGUAGCGAACUGGUACAAAAGUACAUUGGUGAAGGUAGUCGCAUGGUUCGAGAACUGUUCGUCAUGGCACGAGAGCACGCCCCUAGCAUUAUCUUCAUGGACGAAAUUGACAGCAUCGGGUCAAGUCGUGUUGAAGGAAGCUCGGGCGGUGAUUCCGAGGUGCAGAGGACCAUGUUGGAACUGCUCAACCAGCUGGAUGGUUUUGAGCCUACCAAGAACAUCAAGAUCAUCAUGGCCACCAACCGACUGGAUAUUCUAGAUCCCGCUCUAUUACGACCCGGACGUAUCGACCGAAAGAUUGAGUUCCCACCGCCAACCGUUGAGGCGCGUGCCGACAUUCUCCGCAUUCACUCCAGGAGUAUGAACCUGACUCGUGGCAUCAAUCUGACCAAGAUUGCGGAGAAGAUGAACGGCUGCUCGGGUGCUGAGCUGAAGGGUGUAUGCACAGAAGCUGGAAUGUACGCUCUCAGAGAGAGGAGAGUGCACGUAACGCAGGAGGACUUUGAUCUGGCGACAGCCAAGGUGCUGAACAAGCAUGAUGACAAGGCUACCAGUUUGAGCAAGCUGUGGAAGUAGGCGGGUCUGUUGACUGUGCGUUGCUCAUGCUUACGCCAACAUCAUGUACACGAAAGCUUAGCGAGAUACAUUCUUGGUAUAAACGAAUAAUCCUACCAAACUCUGCCAA